UGUGAGAGGGAAGAGGAGGAGGGCUGGAUGACAGAGCGAUAGACAGGAGGAAACAGGAGAAUAACGGCUUAUUAUUAUUUCAGAAUCAUGGCUUAUGCGAUGGAAUAAGGAUCGAGAUCGAGAAGAAUGCGUCAUUAAUAUCCUUCCGCAAAUUAGACACUAAUUAUAUCCAGGAUGUGAUCCCCAAAUGUUUACAAACUUUUAAGAAAAGCAUCAACUUAAAAAUCAGGACAUAAAAACUAUUCCACCAUGCACCCCUCCUCUCGUCCCUCUGUGCCCCCACGCACCCGCAGGUUUGACAAUAAGCGCACAGAGCCAAAACCAAGUCAAGGGGCUAAGAGAGAGGACAAAAAUAUGAACACAGGAUCUUCAUCCCCUCGUCGUGGCACACGGGGACCACCUGAGUCUUCCAGGUUAAAAGGCCCUGGUCAAGGUGCACGGGCCCCAGUGGUUCAGUCCAAACUGACACGGCCAGUAAGGAAUGGUGCUCACGCAAUACCAGCAGUCUCAAAACCAAAAAGUGGGCGUGCUGUAUCAAACGUAGCCCCGGCUGUGGAUCCAAAUUGCAAUGAGCCCAGCCUUCCUUGUCUGUGCUGUGAUGGCCAUUCACCUCAGGAUAGCAACAGCCUUUUUAAUCACAACCAUAACAACAAUAACACUGUAAACAUCAGGCAACAAAUGAAGAUACCGCCACCGUCUCCUCCGAAUGAGUUGCCUUUUCCAAAACAAGAAACUGAAGAUGAUAAGUGUAAGCCAGAAGUAAAACAACCUGAUGACUUACCUUUCCCAGUGGAGGAGAAAGAGGAGGAAAAUGGUAAUGUGGAUAAAAAAGAGGGCGAUGACCUAAAAAAUGAUGACUGCAGUGUAAAUGUGAUUGGCAUGGUUGAUGUGAAUGGCAAUGGCAAUUGUGAUGGGGAUGAUGAUGAAGAUGACGAUGAAGAUGAUGAUGAUACCCUUGUCCCUUCUUGCUGCAAUUGCCCAGAAUCCAUGCUGGACUUCUCUCUCACAUCUUCUACCUCAUCUUCUUCCACAUCCAUUAGUAGCUGCUCAGAUCUGGAGUGUGACUGCCCUGAUACAUUUUCAUUGUCAUCCCAGGACCAAGAGGCCCCUGAAUGCUACCCAUCUUCUUGUUCCCCACUCUCCAGCUGUCCUUCCUUUCAGUCCAGUGCCAUACCAUUGGAUCUCAACAUUUCUGCAAGAUCACCUUGCUCUUCUGAUGAAGGCUAUCCAUCAGCACCUUGCUCUCCUUCUGACUACACAGAGAGCAAGUUUUCAGAAGAAGAAAAAUGUAUUAAAGUGGAUCUUCUCCAUUUUUUAGACUCGAUAGAAGAGUUGGGUAAAAUGGAUUUGUUCUACCGCAUUGUUAGGCUGGCACAUUGGCAACUUGACGGAGAACUGAUUCUCAGAGAUAGAUUGGAUCACCAGCAGAAGCUUCAGAGGGUCAAUAAAGAAGUGAAGUUGGCUUAUUUUGUGAAACUUCAAGAAGAAGGGUUUAACUUUGGCGAUGAGGAUAUCACUGGAGUUUUGGACGAAAUGGGCAACAUUGACAUUCCUUGGAAGUUUUAUAAAAGCAACAAAUCAAGUGACUCCCAGGAAUUUUCUGAUGCGGGGGUGGAUCUGACAGCUCCUUCUGACCUUGAUGAAACAGCUUCCUCUGAUUCACUUGCUCCAUCACCAUUAGAGCCUCCUCCCCGGCCCCCAAAACCUCCAACAAGGCAUGUAAGUGUGCAGCAGGGAUCACACACUUAUGAGAACAUCAGUGGACAUACCUUCUCAGCCUCAUCCACCAAUAAUGCUACUUCUUUUUCCACAAGUGUCCCUGUUCCUUCCAUGGCAUCUUCAUCCCCAGCCUUGAAACCUCCUGCCCUUCCACCUCCACCAUCACAGCCUGUGCCCUACUUCUCUCUUAAUACAGACAGACCUGCUCUCUCCUCCCCCACACCACCCAUCCCUCCACCAAGAAGACGUCAUAAAGCCCGACUAGAGGCUCAAAGACUUGCUGAGCUUGAAAGAGAAAAGACUCCUCUAUCCCUUCCACCUCCAACGUCAAGACCUCCUCCGUUGCCACCACCACCUGCUAUGUCCUCUCCCCCAGCUAUCCCACCUCCACCAUCACUCCCACCGCCUCCAUCUUUUCAUGCUCUGGAUGUGGAAAUCCGAAAGUUGCUUGCACUAGCAGGCCUCACCCAAGCUGAAUUGCUUAAACUUAGUCCUGAAUUGGGUGUUUGUGUAGACGUAGUUGUGGAGAAUGAACAGCAGCCAAUGUCUGAUGUCUCACAAAUUGGAGAAAUCAGUGUAAACAGAGCACACAAGGAAGACAGUGUGGAUAAGCGGUUACAUUGCAGAUUGAGGGAGGAAACCAGAUUUGGGAAAGAUAUACAGAAGGUAGAAACUCUCAGUGAAAAUGAGAUUUCUAAGGACGAACAGAAAGAAGCAUACAGGACAACAUCCUUCACAGAAAUGGCAAGACGGCGAAAGAGAAAUGGUGGAAACUGUAACCAAAACUGCAGCUGUGGUAUUGGAUCUCCCAACUCAUAUUACAGCACUGAUCUUAGCAAUACAAGCAUCCCAAAUGUGAGCUUUGGAAGUUUUGAUUAUACUUCAGUGAUUUCAGACACUCCACCUCCUCCACCUCCACGACCAUUACCCCCUUGCCCACCAGUUAUUUCCAAUCCUCCUGAACUUCCCCCUCUCAAGCCAUGCACUCUACCUGCCAAUGCAUCUCGACCUGAUAGAUUUGAUUGGCUAAUAGCCUUUACCCCAGAUGCUGAGCCACCACCUCCUGAUAUGCGAAAACCAUCCAAUGAUGGCAUGUUGCAAAAAGGAUCAUUUUCAGGCCCAAAAGUCACCACCUUUAAAGAACUACGCAAUAGAAGCAAACAGAGCUCCCCACCAGCUCCUAUUCAACCAGAACCUGAUCCAACAGUCAUCACCCCAGACCCUGAUUUCUUGUACAACCUCAAAUGGAGAAGAGAGAAGACAGAUGGAGAUGGCUGGGAAUAUACUUCCCAAGCACAAGCCUCUUUUCUUCAGCCACCGCCAACUCCUGCCUCAUUGUCCCUCUUUAGGGAAAUGUGCCGCCUGAAUAUACAAGAUGAUUGCCGAGCCGAUCCCAAAGUCUCCCAACACAUUGGCUCAUCAGUAAGUGAAGGCAGCCUUAGAACUAUUUGUGGUGAUAAAGCUGCUCACACCAAAAAGAUUCAAAACGAAGAUGACCUGGAAGUCAGGGGAAUGGCAGAUGGAGCGUGGACUUUGGAGUCCAGGACAACAGUGUCCUCACCACCCCUGUCCCUUUCCUUGACCUCACCUUAUUACCUGCACUCUGCUUCUCUGUCACAAGCCUCCCAGUUUUAUCAUGCUGACACUACCAGUGAUCACGCCAUGUCCCAUUAUGAGGGUUCCGUAAACAUCUCGAAUCCCUUAUGCAUAAAUUCCACUUUUGACUGCAGCAAACACUACUAUAGUGACUCCCUGUACUCCGCCGGCCUGGAAAACAAUACAUUUUUGUUCUGUAAACAAGAAAAUGGCCUCAACAGUAGCAUGGAUUCUCAGUAUCACCACUGUUAUCAUGCUGACAGCUUUCUAGAUUCUUUAUACGUCUGUGGGCAUGAGCCUGAUAACGCGAAAAACAGCCUCUGUCCCGUGUAUAAUAACGAAGUUGAUUCAGUCAGAAAUGACGGUUCACUCUACAGUGAUAGCAGAUACUCAGGAAACCCCCUGAAGCUGUUCACUGACCCUGAACCACCGACUGACAUUAACACACUCACUGAAGGAGACAUAACGCCUUACAAAAACAUUGACAUGCAGACUUACAUAACAAUGCGAAACCUCAAAAAUAAGCACAAUGCGAAUAAAUCCAGUUAUAAAGAAGCCGACUCGCUUUUCGAUUUGAACUCGGACCGCAUUAAUGAUUCAAAACUAACUAACAAUCCCUUUUUUGACAGCAGUGAACCCACAAAACAGGACAAACUUGUAUCUUUCCCUGCCUACUACCUUUAUAACCCUAAAAACUGUCCCUUGCAUAAAGGCGCCCCACCACGGCUGUCCCCCGUAGGUGCGAUCUCUCCUCCCCACAGGUCCGGGCCUCCAGUUCCUGGCACAGAUGUUGCCCGUCUCUGUUCACCCCUUUUCCCUCGCAGUCACACCAUUCCCGCCCUCGCUGCUCCCCUUUAUUACCCUUAUCUGUACACCCCCCCUGUUGAACCCCCUGUGCGGGAGCCACCGGUCCCCAUACUUCACUCUCUGCAGAGUCCACCACCGCUCACUUUCACUGUCCGCAGCUUCUCUUUUGCCGGCUCUGAGCAGAAGAAUGGGGCCUGGAUGGGAGAGGAUGUGAGGUCCUCAAUGAGUGCUGAAGGGCUGUCUUCUGUAUGCCUGCUAGAAAAGAAAACUCUUGUCAAUUCAGUCAGUGUGGCAGUGGAGGCCAUUUUGGCUCAGUUCAGUUCAUCCAGGACUGUUGUUCAGAAGUUUCACUCAGUAGAUAAGAGCCUUUCUGGAGACAGCAGUGUAAAUCCCUCUCUGGGUCGUCUGGUACUGCAGUGCCUUUGCCCAGCCCUGCGCAGCCUGCUCUGUGAUGGACUCAAGCCCCACCAGAGUGACCUCAUUGCAGGCAGAAGGCCAAAUUCACCCUGGGGUUUGGUUCAGGCCUCCACCAAGCCAGGCCCGAGCACACAGGCUUUGCACAGCCUUCAGACUAAAGUAGCAGGUCUUCAUCAGCUGAGGCAGAGCAGGCACAGGUUCAACGCCUUCCUGUUUGGCCUUCUCAAUAUCAAGCUUUUGGAUUAUUGGCUUUCACAUCUGCAGUCCUGCAGUGAUGUGUUGGAAACUUUUUAUCGGCCCACUUCCUUCAUGCGUCUGUCACUCACUUCUUGUCAGUCUCUUUUUGAGGAGCUUCUCCUCCUGCUCCAGCCUCUAUCUCUGCUGACCUUCAACCUGGACCUGCUGUUUCAGCAUCAUCAUCUAGACCCUUCCUCUCCAGCUCUCACCCCAGCCAGCCACACGUCUGACAUAUACAGCCCACCAAAUGAAGACUUCAGCUUCCACCUGUCACCCAAGGGCCUUUUCCAUGGAGGUGUCCAUCGUACUGGAAGCAUCUUAGGACAAGACCACAGUUUGAGUUUGGACACCAACCCUAAUUCAGUUUUCUCGAGUCACGUUCUUGAUGUGUCAGCAUAUCGCAAUCCAAUUUCUCUGUCAUCAGGCGUCAACAAAGAGGAAGCUGAUGCGCCAUUAUCAUGGUUUAAUGGGAAUGAGAUCUCUGCACCUCUUAAUGUUGGAAGUCUUUCCCAGCAAGCAGGCCAAGCUCUUCAGCAAGGCUGGGGGGCAGUUAUGCGCUUGGGGGAGCGUUUAGGGCAGAACUUUGGUUUAGCCACCACUACCGAGAAUGCUAAUGGUCCUAACUCACCAGAUGAUUUCAAGACAGGCUUUUCAGCAAACCCAAAAAGCCCUUUUGAAAACAGGCAGCAACCUAGAGAGGAUCUUUCCCUGUGGGAUAGUGGAGCUGCUAUUCCUUGGGGUCUCGGACGGCUCUUUGGUGCUUCUAAGAGUCCCAACAACCCACCAACCACCAGGCGCCCAUCUCAGUGGCUCUCCCCUGGUGUAUCCGUCCUUUCCCGGAUAGUAAAUCUUGGUCAGGGUUCUCUGCCUGAGAAAAGAGAGCUUCAGAGAAGCAAUGAUAAGGAGGAAGAUGAGAAUGAAAAUAUUAAUGAACCCGGAGAUCAGCCAAAGCCCCUAAGGGUGGUCAGAACUCUGUGUGAUCACGCUGGCAUUGGGGCCGAGCUGAGCUUCAGGAAGGGGGAGGAGCUUGUUCUGUUGGGGGGUGUCGACCACGACUGGAUUCGAUGUCGCCAAGGUCACCGAGAGGGCCUUGUUCCCAUUGGUUAUGCUUCACUUAUCAUGUGACUUAUCUUUAUUCUGCCUGUAUGUUUGUGUGAAGGAAUAUCAGGGGAUCACAUAUACGGAAAACAAGACCAUAUAUAGACGUAGUUAUUAGUAGCCGUGUUUAAUGUUUCUCUUUGACUCUCAUUGCCUGGUUUGUGAUGUCUGGAAUAUUUUCUGUGAUAUAUAAAUAUAUAUAUAGGAAAUAACUCACUAUGAAUUACUGUAUAAAUCUUAAAUAUAUAUAUUUAGAUUUUACAAAGAUAGAUAGACAGAUAAACAAGAAAUAGAAAUGGCUAAUACUUAGGAAUCAAGUUUAACACGAAAUAAAAUCAUUAUAUUGUAUUUAUUAUUAGGUGUUCUGCCAUAAAAAAAUAGCUUGGCCAGAAAUGCACUUAAAAGCUCACUGAAAAGUUAUAGAAGAAACUGUAUAUUCAUAAAAAGCAUUUCAUUAUACGUUUAGGUUCAAUAAACAACCAAUAUGCAUAUGCAGCUUUUUUUACAUCUGUAAAACCCCAUAAAUUUCUUGUCCUAUCAUCAGCCCAGCGAUGUGUUGUAAAGAUAAGCAUGACUUCAUUAGUACAAAGGCAUGAGUUUUGGUAACUUUGGGGCUGCAUUAGCAAAUAAAUGGAAGAUUUAUUCAAGAUAACUCUUGAUUUAUUUAUUAUACAAUUAAUAUUUUGGAUUUUUUAAAUUAUAAUCAAGCUAUUUAAUAAGGGUUUACUGAUUAAUCAAUCUAUAAACUAAUUGCUUGACAAUUUAUUCCCCCCAAAAAAUGAAUACUUCUGAAUUAUACACCAAACAAUUAAUACAUGAGUUCUUGGUGUUGCCUGAAGAUUCCUUAAUAUACACUCCUUUAUUACCUCACCUCCCAGAAAAAAGAAAGUUCUUUUUUGAAGACCGUUAUUAUUACUCUCUUAAUGUUAUUAUUGUAACUCUCAAUGGUAACAGUCAAAUAUAUUAGCGUGAUAGUGUGUAGAUGAUUCUUUUGUAUUUCUUACUGUGUGAUGGCUAAUGUGGUAAGAUCUGUAUCACCAUGAGCUUGAUAGUGACUAUGCAUAUUCUGUUCUGUACUGUUUAUGAGGCUUGUUGCUGGGGAAAACGUAUAUAUGAUUGAGAGCAUCAAUGAUUUUCUUUUGAAUGGAUGUUCUGCAUCAGUAUAAUGCUUUGUCAGGGGGUUUUCAUACUAAACCUGCAUGAAUGUGUAUGAAUGCGUGUAGCAAGUGUCAGGUAAUCAUCAAUAAAACUUUGUGAGCACGAAUACAUUCAGCUAAACUACAAAUGCUUCAUGUUAAAGAUAUAAGCCAUGAUUUUGGUGGAUGCAGAAGGAAAGGUGAUUUAAAGUGCCCCUUUUAUGCUUUUUUGGUCUCUUGAGGUGUGUUCCAAAUCGCAUAAUUAUCCACUAUUCUACGUCACUUUGUAGUAUAAGUAGUGCAUUCACACUGUAAUAAGUGCACUUAAAAUCACUGGAUGAUGCACAUUUUGAACCGAUAAAAAAAGUGUGAAAUGUUGAACAGUUCAUGCACUCAGCGGCUGCAGAUUUGCUCAUGUAGUGGAAGAGGAGGAGCUAUCUGAUGAUGAGGUCCCAUUGGUGAAUGGCUUUACUCCUGACAGGAGCUAUUUAGUAGUUUGGUAAUUUAUAUCACUACUUUCAACAACUGUUAAAAGUUGAAACGAUGCUCCAACUCAUAGCUUACACUACACUGUUGUGUAGUUCAUAGUGUAUAGUAUGUCAUUUGGGAAACAGCUUUGGUCUCUUUCAACAGGUUUACAUCCAUUCAUCCAUUCAACACUAAGCCCCACAUUUUCAAGAGCCUUCUAUUCCUGACUGGUCAAAUGACCCAGUCUGCAAUGAUUAGUCGAAUGUUUGCAGUGUGCAUAACAUAUCUGAAUUACAAUUGAUUCAAUUAUUUAUUAUAUCAAUUUGAGCCUGGGUCCUCAUCAUUUUGAGCUGCAUACAAAGUGUACUCACUUUCACUUUCAACAGCAUCCUUUUGACCUGUUGACAACAGGAAGCUAACUCUUCCAGGCCUCAGCUAACAUUACUGUGUUUAAGUAGACAUAGUUUGCAGGCUGAUAUUAGGCAAAUCUUUUAUAAACAUGCCUAGAUUUGUGCAGAACAUAAAGCUGCGAUUUAUAAAAAUUUUUUAAUUUAGGGGAUAUUGGGCUCUAUUUGAACCAUCUAGGUGCAAAAUCUAAAGCGAAUGGCACAAAAGCAUUAAGGGUGUGUCCGAAUCUACUUUUGCUAUUUUAAGGACGGAAACGUACGGCACAUGAUCUAAAAGGAUUGUGCUCAUUCUCUUAAUGAGUUAUGGGUGUGUUUUGAGCAGUCUCAUCUCCCAUUCCCUUUAAGAGUCUGUUGCGUCACGCCAUGGUGCAUUUGCUAUUUACAUGGUGGACUUUGAAAAAACUGAACGCUUCACUGGCAAGAAAACAGUAAAACAAACCAUCUGCAGUGCGAGGAUAAAGAACGAGCCUCCUCCAUUCGGCCUAUUCCUCUUUCUCUUUACUUUUACUCUUCACUUUACUCCUUUACUUUUGUGGAGUCAGGAAACGGUGUUGUACGCACUCCACUGAAGACAUUCAUUAGCCUACAUAUUUAAUUUUCUCUGUUAAGCGCGAAGAUUUGUUUCAAAACUAUUUCUAAAUUCAGUUCUAAUUUCCAGCAAAGGAACAAAUGAACAAUAUUAACGAAGUGUGGUAAAAAACUGAGUUAUAUCCAAACACACUUCUUGUUCUUAUGCUCCAUAUAGUGACACAUACGUCUCCAAAACCAAACAGGUGGACAAAUCUAAACUUGUUUUUAUUAAACAAAUAUAAAUGAGCACAUAAUAAAUACUACUACUACUACUAAUAAUAUUAUACAAAUGCAAAUUGUCAUGAAUGAACUGAAAAGAGCCCCCUGACAUGAAGAAAUGGAGACAGGGUUUUUUUUAUUUAUGUAAAAAAUAAUAUUUUUUGUAACAUUUUAAUCCUUUAGUUUUUGCAAAUGUAAAGAUAUUUGUGUAUUGCUGUACAUCCUGUGUGUAUUAAGCAAUGCGUAAGCUUUUGGACCGCAUAGGUGCAUAACCAGCGUGCUCUACGCUGGACUUUAGACCUGCUUUCAGUUGGUCAGUGGCGCAGUCCAUUUCAGUUUCUCAAAAUAGCUAUGCGCCAACAAUGCGCCAUAACGCACUUCCUUUUUAGACCAGCACACCCAUGAGUCCACAAAGUGGUGCAAAUGGAUUUGCUAUUUAAACAACGGCGCAAAACGGGAAAAUUACGGUUGCGCUGGUUGGAGAAUAGUAGCAAAUCACCCUAAACAUGUCUUGCGCCUUAUUGCGCCUGGUGUACGAUAGGGCCCAAUAACUCAUUUUAUAGUAACUUUUACAUUUUCCGACAGCUACAUUACACACUACUGAAAAGUAAUAUCUCAAAAAAAAAAACAUAAUGGGGGCCCUUUAAAUUAGUUUUCUGUAUUUGCCACUUCUGAAUGGUUAUGUGCCGUAUCCAUGUUUAUCAUACUUCAAGUUGAUAUUGUUUUCAGCACAGCUGCUAAAAAAAUAAUGAACUAUGAAUCUUGCCACAUUAACAUGUCGAUGCAACACUUUUGUUCAUAACAGCACAUUCUGGACAAUUACAUUCAAUAGCAGAAAAGCAUUUGGAUACAGUAGCAGGAAAAUCAUAAAGCACUGAGCAUUCACAUUAUUGUAUGUAUAAUGUAUGAAAGCUUAAAAUUGAAACAUAAUGUCUGGAAUUUGUGUAUUUAUGAGUGUGUCAAGGUACAGUUUGUGGCAGUUUUUAGAGUAUGAUUUAUAGAAGCCAUAUUUUAAAAAAAAAUCUAUGGUAGAACUUAGCUUUGUAAUUUAGCUUUCAAGUCCCUGUAUAAAAAAAAAAGAAAAGUAUAACCAAAUUUUAAGGUUACAGAGUUAAGCAAGCAGCAGGGGUUCAGUAGAGAGAAAACAAAAUCAUAUUUUGUGUCAUAUAGUCUUUCCUUACAGGGCAAACUGCAAUGAUGCAUGACCUUAAUAUCAUUUUAUUUGACAUUGUUGUUAUAUUAUUAUUUCAGAUUCAGUUCAUUAUAACUGUGCAUUUUAAUUGUGACAUCUGAUUAUCAUUAGUAUGUUUUUGAUGAAAGAAAUGUUGCAUUUUAAAUAUAGUGUACUUAUUGUUUGUGGUUAAUUCUACCAGUUAAUCUGCUUUUUAUCUGUUCCUCUUGUCUAUCUCUCUAUCUAUCUAUUUCUUGUGUGUGUGUGUUCUUUUGUGUGGUAAUGAGUUGCGUAGUUCUGUGUGGUAUUGCCCAUCGCUAGUAGCACACUUAAAGCAUUAUAUGUACUGUACCAACUCUUGAGUUCUGUAAUUCCCUGUGAAUCAGCUCUAUGCAUGUUGGUGUUUGUAAAUAUACUCAAUAAAACAUUAAAAGGAA